ACCGAGCCAGUGGCUCCUGAUCAUUGGUGGAGGAGAAUCAGAGGCCGCGCCAUAGGGACAGGUUCUUGGCUAUGGGGAGUAGGAUUGGUUUAUGCAGCGUCAUGUGGAGUUUGUCCUGCGAAAUACUAGGAAGCUAAUGUUGUGCACUCUUCGGCAGUAUGCGCAUGCGUCGAGAUCUCGAGACGCCGAUUGGAGAGUGAGAGUCACAAGGCAGCGUGCGGAUCGGGUGGGGGCGUGGCCCUUGAGGGCUAGCGCUGCACUACGAGGCUGCUGGUUGGCCGGUAGGAGUCACGAGGGCGCUGGCCGAAGGCGGCGCGCGCAGGUGCGACGUCUCCGCCGCCCGCUGAGUUCGCUGGCUGGUGUACCGCGGCGCGGCCGCGGCGGAGUCCUUCGGUGCCCAGUCGGGCAGUUUGCUGAGAACUUUCGUGGCCGACAUGGACAACUCUGGGAAGGAGGCGGAGGCGAUGGCCCUGCUGGCCGAGGCGGAGCGUAAAGUGAAGAACUCGCAGUCCUUUUUCUCUGGCCUAUUCGGAGGCUCAUCCAAAAUAGAAGAAGCAUGUGAAAUGUACGCCAGAGCAGCAAACAUGUUCAAAAUGGCCAAAAACUGGAGUGCUGCUGGAAAUGCUUUCUGCCAGGCUGCCCAGCUCCACCUGCAGCUCCAGAGCAAGCAUGACGCAGCCACCUGCUUUGUGGACGCCGGUAACGCCUUCAAGAAAGCUGAUCCCCAGGAGGCCAUCAACUGUUUGAUGAGAGCCAUCGAGAUCUACACGGACAUGGGCCGAUUCACCAUCGCAGCCAAGCACCACAUCUCCAUUGCCGAGAUCUACGAGACAGAGCUGGUGGACAUCGAGAAGGCCAUCGCCCACUACGAGCAGUCUGCAGACUACUACAAAGGCGAGGAGUCCAACAGCUCAGCCAACAAGUGCCUGCUGAAGGUGGCCGGCUAUGCCGCGCAGCUGGAGCAGUACCAGAAGGCCAUCGACAUCUACGAGCAGGUGGGCACCACCGCCAUGGACAGCCCUCUGCUCAAAUACAGCGCCAAGGACUACUUCUUCAAGGCGGCGCUCUGCCACUUCUGCAUUGACUCGCUCAACGCCAAGCUUGCUGUGCAGAAGUACGAGGAGCUGUUCCCAGCCUUCUCUGACUCCCGGGAGUGCAAGCUGAUGAAAUUGUUAGACGCCCACGAGGAGCAGAACGUGGACAGCUACACGGAAUCGGUGAAGGAGUACGACUCCAUCUCUCGGCUGGACCAGUGGCUCACCACCAUGCUGCUGCGCAUCAAGAAGACCAUCCAGGGCGACGAGGAGGACCUGCGCUAGGCCGCCCAUCCCCGCUCCGGCCGGCUGGUGUGUGCAGCAGAGAGGUGGGCUGAGCCUGCUGAGACCUCCCUCCUUCCCCACCCGGGGAACCCCGUGGGCUACCAGGGCAGUGGCGCGGCUCAGCAGCACCUCCGUGCCAGAGGCCGAGCCACUGGCCGGUCACCUCUGCUCUCGCUACAACCCUCGCCUCUGCCUAUCUAUUUAAGCCCCUAGUGGUGUCCUCCGCCCCCCAAAUCAGCUGUAGGAGUCUGAUAGAGACCUGUAUGAACACUGCUAGGAGUCAAAGGUCAGCACCUGUCCCCAGCGCCUGAUCAGCCGAGUCUCAUGGCUGGUUUCUGCCCCCACUUUGGCCCCUGGCAGAGCUCUAAGCACAAGCAGCCACUGAGACCUGCUCUUGCUGCUGGGGGUGGCUCCCCUGCACCCCAGCCUCCUGCAGCCCCAGGCUCAGGUUAGACCACAGCCCCUGCACCCAGAGGGUUUCCGCAGACCCAGCCUGGGCUGCUCCUCCCUUGUGCUUGAGGUUUGGUCUGGAGAUCGGAAGCUCCAGAUGCCCCAAGAAGGAAAAUAAAAAUUGCCACUUUUGCAUGA